UAUAGUGACUUCCCGACAAUGAAUGGACGCAGUGGUGGCCCAAGAGUACAAGACCAAGGUGUACGACGAGUUCGUGGUGCGAGGCAACACUGCCGUUCUGCACUGCCAGAUGCCCACCUUCGUUCGGGAGGACAUCGAGGUCACCGGCUGGCUUCGCGAGGACGGCCUCUUCAUCCAACCCGGCGGCACCGAGAAAAGCGCAUCUAAAAAGGCAGAAGCAAAGGCUGCGGGCGGCCCCCCCCACCGGUACAAAGUGCUCUCCCCGUCGGGCGAGCUGCUGGUGCGCAACGUCAGCGCGGCCGACGACGGCGUCUCGUACCGCUGCCAGACCCGGCACAAGCUCACCGGCAGCGUCAAAGUCAGCGACACUGCCGGACGCGUCAUUGUCAACCCGUCGACGGGGCCAUUUCAACCGCGACAUAUAUUUACCCGAUCAGCUGUGUCUGUCGAAGAAGGCAGCACUGCAGAACUGGUUUGUGUCGCACAUGGCUACAGUGUUCCAGAAUACAGGUGGUACAAACUCUCCGGUGGCACGAACGACAGCCGGGAGCCCCUUCACAGCAGUGGCCGUGUAGCGGUCCAUUCAGACACCCUCCUCAUCCGCCAUGCCAGUAUCUCUGAUUCCGGUCGCUACCUGUGCGUGGCGAACAACAGCCUUGCCUCGGAGCCGUUCACCGUAACGCUGAGCGUGCUGGCGCCCCUUUCAGUGGUGGUUCAUCCGGACCACCAGACGGUAGACUUGGGUGGCACCGCUGCCUUCAACUGCAUCCCAUCCGGAAAUCCUGUGUCCACAAUGGUGUGGAUCAAAGACGGCAAGGCUCUGCGCCCAGGGGACACCGGUGUCCAGGUCUCUCCGGAUGGCCGCUCCCUGGUGAUACAGCCCGUGUCGAGGAAGGACGCCGGCAUCUACCAGUGCCUCGUGCGCAACGAGCGCGACUCCGCCCAGGGCGCAGCACGACUCAAACUUGGCUUCUCGGCUCCCACAUUCUUGUCAGUCUUCGCGGAACAGUCUGCCGAGCCUGGCCGUGGGGUGUCGCUCCAGUGCUCGGCCACGGGCAGCCCACUGCCUCGCAUUUCGUGGGCACUAGACGGAGCGCCUCUGCCGGACGUCAGGGGUAGGACCGUGCCUCCGUCGGUGAUGGCGCUUCCUGGUCAUGUGUCCAGUUUCUUCAACAUCAGCGCCGUGCGGCCCGACGACGGUGGUUUGUACACUUGCCGGGCAUCCAAUGGCGCCGGCACGGUGGAGCAUGCCGCCCGUCUCAACGUGGUCGGCCCGCCCCGCGUGAAGCCCAUGACUCCCGUAAGCGCCGUAGCCGGAGAGAAGCUGGCACUCGAUUGCCGCUACUCCGGCUAUCCGAUCGAGGCGGUCUCUUGGAGCCGAGGCGGAAUCCACCUCCCGUCAAGUAAGCGGCAAGAAGUGCUCCGGGGCGGCAGCCUUGUCAUCAGCGAAGUGCGACAGUAUGAAGACAACGGCACCUAUACAUGUCAUGUUACGGGAAAUCAAGGAGAGAGCGCCAAUGGCACAGUAGAAGUUAAUGUGCGCGUGCGGCCGACCAUCGCCCCAUUUUCGUUCCCGAGUGGCCUGCAGGCUGGCAUGCGUGCACGUCUCGGCUGCACGGUGAUCUCUGGCGACCCGCCUUUCGAGUUCGGCUGGCGCAAGGACGGUCGGCCGCUGGGUGCUGAGUUGGGUGUCCGCGCGCAGACGGACGCCUUCUCCAGCGACUUGACCUUCACCAGCCUCAGCGUCAGGCACAACGGCAACUACACCUGCGUCGUCUCCAACGCGGCUGCCAGCGCGAGUCACAGCGCGUCACUCGUUGUUCAGGUGCCCCCGCAAUGGGUCAUUGAACCCAGCGACGCCUCGGUGCUGCUAGGGCGCAGUGUGCGCAUGGACUGCUGGGCGGAUGGUCACCCACUACCCACCAUCACUUGGGAACGAGAAAACUUGUACGGAACGCCUGGAUUCAGUGCCAUAAACGUAGGCACAGAAUACGAAAUUUACGCCAACGGCUCCUUGCUUGUCAAAAACGCUCAGGAGCAAAUCGCUGGUCGCUACCUUUGUCAAGCAACAAACGGGAUCAGAUCAGGAUUAAGCAAGCUCGUUCACUUGAAAGUCCAUGCCGGGCCCCAUUUCGCCAGUAAAUUCCGAAGCGAAGCCGUGCGACGAGGUGACACGGCUCGUCUGCGCUGCAAGGUGCAGGGUGACACGCCCAUUGCGCUCAGUUGGGCCAAGGAUGGGCAACCGAUUGGUCCACCGUCGACAGACCCACGCUACACUUUCCGUGAGGAGACGCCCGGUUCCCCGAAGCAUGCUGCGUCACUGCUCGUGAUUACAAAGGUGGAGCGUCGAGACGCGGCUCUAUUCACCUGCCAUGCUUCCAACGCCUACGGUGCCGACAACCUCAACAUCAAGCUCAUCGUGCAAGAGCCUCCGGAGCCCCCAACUGACCUAAGGGCUACUGAAGUGAAGAGCCGCUCGUUCAAGCUCAGCUGGACGCCUUCCGUAGGAACCAACAACGCCGCUUCCACAUACCACGUACAAUGCACGCCCGAGACUGGUACAGCCGUCAACGCUUCGGUUGAAGGGACUGCGACCUUAGUGUCUGUGAGGCCUCUCAGACCUGCUUUCACGUACCGCUGCCAAGUUCGCGCUCAGAACGACAUCGGCAUAGGCGACCCCAGCAAGGAUUUGGAAGUGACCGCAGGUAUCGAGGUGCCAGGAGGUCCUCCUCUGGAGGUGAAAGCCAUCGCCGUUGACUCCCAGUCUAUCCGGGUCACAUGGAAGCCUCCGGAGCGUGAGCUGUGGCACGGCCAGCUGAAGGGCUACUACGUGGGCUACCGUCUCGAUCAACCGGGGGACCCGUACCUCUAUAAGACACUGCAGCUCGAUCAGCCCCAGGCUGGCUCGGUGGAAGCCGUGCCCACUGAAGUACUAUUGUCUCCACUACGCAAGUUUUCGCCCUACCUGGUACUCGUGCAAGCGUUCAAUGCUGCCGGACCCGGACCACGCUCUGACGAGAUUGCCGUCUCCACGCUUGAUGACGUUCCCAGCCAGGCUCCACAAGAGGUGCAGUGUUCGCCGCUUAGCUCGGAGUCCAUCCGGGUCACAUGGCAGCCUCCACACAAGAGCGCCAUCCAUGGCUACCUGCAAGGCUACCGCAUCUGGUACGCCCAGCUCCCUGCCUCCCGAGAGCGCGGCCGUGAAGAGAAAGCUGUGACGGGUCAAGAGACCACCUUGGUGGACCUGCGCAAGUACACAAACUACUUCAUCCAGGUGGCCGCGUUCACGCAGCGCGGCCUCGGCGCGGAGAGCGAGCCGGUGUUCUGCCGCACCCUCGAAGACGUUCCGGACGCCCCAGAAGACUUGAAAGUGUUGAUUGUUUCUGCUACUUCGCUGCUGGUGGCGUGGAAGCCGCCUGUUCACCGCAAUGGCCUUAUUACCAUGUACUCUAUUUAUGCCAAGACACUGGACAAACAGAAUGCGACGGUAAAACUAGUGCCUACGAGCAAACUGGAGUACAACCUGACCCUGGUUCCUCGAAACACCAGGGUUGAAGUCUGGGUCACGGCGUCUUCGCGAGUCGGCGAGGGUCCACCCAGCAAGAUAGUUGCUCAGACUACUAGCGAUCAAGUGCCUGCCCGUAUCGUGGAUUUCGACGAGAUCGUCCAAGUGGCGCCAGCCGAGGAUGUGCACCUCAGCUGCCGAUUCUUGGGAACGGCGCCCGUGCACUGGGAAUGGAAGCACGGCGAGGUGCCCGUGUCACGCUCCAACCGAACCGAGCUGACCAGCGACGGCAGCCUGAGCCUGCGGCGUGUGGACGCCGCCAGCGCCGGCAACUACACCUGCCACGUGCGCAACCGGCUCGCCAACGACCGACGGAUCGUCGCACUCAUCGUGCGGGCUCACCUGGAAGGAUUUGUGCUCAAGGUGGUUAGCCAGACCGCCACUUCUCUACAGUUGACGGCUAGCGGCUCUGCUGUCGAUGAUCAAGUUGUCCAGGUGCUGGAGAUUCACCUGAAGUCCGAGAGCGGAGAGUGGCAGCAGCGCUCCCUGGUGGGCCGCCACAAUGACACGUACCACCUGGACGGGCUGCAGUGCGGCACUCGCUACCAGCUGUAUGCAGUCGCCUUCCUGGCAAGCGGCCGCCGGGAACAGAGUGACUUGCUCGCCACUCGCACGCUCGGCAGCCCACCGGUUGCUCCCAACAAAGAGGACAUUGUGCGAGCUCUCAACGGCUCACAUGUGCAAGUCAUGCCCUCGGCCUGGCGAUCGGGCGGAUGCCCCCUGACGCGCCUGAGCAUCGAGCACCGCUUGCUGCAUGGCCAACAGCCGGAAUGGAUCGCACACUGGAACCACACCAGCCCUGCAGCAGGGGUUCUGCCGCAGGACCUUCCCGAUGUACUUCUGGGAGGACUUCAGCCCGAGACUUGGUACGCAAUUCGCCUGAUGGCCGCCAAUGCUGCAGGCCUCACCAAAGUCAAGUACGACGUCAUGACGCCAAGCGCCCUGGCCGGUGUCGCAGACAAAGGCAGCGACAAGUCCGCGGUGGCUGCCUUCCUUGAAGACACCACCACACUGGUCUCCAUGGCGUCCUCCGGAGUCGUGCUGCUUGCCGGACUCAUCGCCGUCGUCUGCUUGGUGCUCUACAAGCGGCGGCGAAAUGGACGCGCCGCGUCCACUGCCGCGGCCUCUGCACGCUCGGGUGCCAAGAACAAACGAAAACCGGUGUCUUCGUCCAGUCGACCACGGACGUCGUCUUCGCAGCAGCAACAGUCGCAGCCAAAGCCCGCAGAGUCCCGCAGUAGCGACCUGGCGACAGCCACCACGACGACGACCAUCUCGACGUCUGGAGGCAACGAGCGGGCCGCUGAAGGCCGUCCUGAACGGACAAGCGCAGCCAGCAGCGGCAUAGGGGACGCUCACCGGAGAGGCAGUGGGGGCGGAGGCAGUUCCUCGGUGCCGCCCGUGCUGCCACAGAAGAAAAACAAAGAGGCCGCCAGGAGAAGCCGGGAACAACUGUCCAGCGCCGCAAGGUCAUCUCCCGUUCGCAAAUCGCAAUCAACGGCUACUUCGAAAACCUCUAGCAAUGCCGGGUCGCAACAGCUGCUGUCCCAGCAGCAACAGCAACAGCACAAGCAGCAUCAGCAACAUCAGCAGAAAAACAAGCAGCUGAACAAACAGGCCAAACAGCAGCAAGAGCAAACGCCGCGGAUUCAAAUGUCGCCUACGAAGAAACAGUUUUUCGACGAGGAAAUCACGCCUUAUGCGACGUUUCAACUAUCCCCAACUAAAGGCGACCACGACAUCAACAUCGACGACGAUGGAGAAGAAUUCAAAACGUUCACCAUUCAUCACGGCGAGCCACCGUAUCUCACCAAGGGAAGCCUCGACGCCCCAUCGACGUGCAGCAAGAACGGAAAAGAAGAGUUUUACAGCCAUAGUCACGCGGCCAACAGCCACAGCCUGACAUCGGGCUCCUCCAACCAGGACGAACUGCUUCGAGCGUACGAGUACGCCCGACGGCACCCACCGGGCUCUUCGUCGCAGGCGUCGGCCGGCGGCGCGCUGAUGCACUACGAUGCGCCCGACGACAGCCACACCACGGGCUCCGAAGGCAGCACCGACCCGGGCAUCAGACAGUUCACCGAGUCGCCGCCAGAGCCCAAUGAGAGGCGACAGGCCGCUUGCAUCACGCCAGGAUCUGGAGGUGGCAUGUCUAAGGACAGCAGCACGAGCAGCUCGAGCAGUUCGAGCAGCAGCAGCAGUGCAGGCGGUCUCGGUCCAGACGGUAGGGCGGAUGACGCGACGCCCGUGAACACGCCCAGCCAGGCGUCAGCCAUACCGGCCUGCUUCGCGGCCUGGGACCGCGCGCCGCUGCCCGGAAGAUCGGGACUCGUCGCCAGGGCUGGACACCUGCCGCAGGUAAAAGUUCCAAGCCAGGCGAAAGUGCAACCUUCGAAGUCUCAGCAACCACUGCCGCCGCCGCCCCUACCAACAAAAAAGGGCUCGGUGCUGUCAACCAGCACGCCUGCGCCUACUGUCGUCCCUUCUGCGCCACCGGCGAGAUUCGUCAAGAAAGGCUGGCCGGACUCACGAAGCACGCGUCCUCAGGCUCGCGCCAUUCGGUUGUCCAGUGAUGAAAGCGACGAGAGUGAGGGCACGGCCUCGACGUUCGGCCACGCGGACGUGGUGCGCGGCAGUUCAUCGAACGAAUUCUCGGAGACUGAUCGUUCCUCUCAAGUUAUACUCAUACGUAUUUACGUGCUUUUGGCCGGCGGCGAAAGUCUGGUUCUGACAUCAUUGACUGCUAGGUCACUAUCGUGGCACACUGCUGCUGUCUAGCAGAGCCACAGCUCUGCCCAACUAGUCCCUUUAUAUUCCCCUCAAAUUUCUAAAUACACUUGAGACAAUAUUCAGCAUCAUCAUUUUGACGGAGAUUACAAGAAUCUCAUCGAAAAGUGUGCCAUCAAAAACUUGUCCCAGCUUUUUACUGACGUGUUGUGCGCGAACGACAAGUGUGUGUUCCCGAUUCUGCAUGUGGCACUGAACGCAUGUUGUGAAACAUUGCUGACAGGUUCGAGAACUGACUAGCAUAUAUUAUUGCCGUCUGACACUGCGUUCAUCCUAGUGAGGGGUUGGCAAGGUGUUCAAGAACGGCGGACGUCCCGAAUUCAUCGCCACUGCCAGUGCUUAAUGAGACCAUCUCGACGGUGUUGCCUGUGUGCGCGCGCAGCUGCGUGAUUUUGCUCACGCGACAAUGGGAAUCGCAGACACGAUGACUAUGAACUGUUGCAGUGUGCGCGCACAUUACGGCUACACUAUUGUCUUUCAAGGACGGUGGCUUCUCUUAUAAAUGAGACAACGCAUCUGUGGGCAUAUCGACAAUACCUGGAGAAGAUGUCUUAAAAAUGUCGCUUCAUCCCUUCUUCAGGACCACUCCACCAUUGAACAGCGCACUUUUCUGCGAUGUGAAUUCAUUUCCCACGCAGGGCUGGACAUCUGUGGCUUAUACUUUUUGAACUGUGCUAGAUAAAGUUACUUGUGCUUUGGUUUCAUUGCUCACUGUGGUGAACGUUUAUUCCUCUUCAUUUCAGCGUCGUGUGGACGCCUUGCGACGUCUUCUACAAGCUCAUAAUGUAUGACAACCAGUAUGAACCCACCCAUUUAGAAAUGCAACCCUUCCAGCCGUACAACUUAUACGUUCACUAAACCCACGUUCAGCCCCGGGCUCUUGUCAACCGUAUCUGCGUCGCGAAGACUAGUGGUUGAAUCCUGACCUUCAUGAUUUUUUUAUAAAACCGCACGUUCAAGUUCGCAUGGAUUUUUUUUAACGCAUGGUAUAUUGAUGUUCAUAGAAGUGCGAUGCCGAAAACGUUGUAAUCACUUGGAUCACUGGGAUGACUGUGAUGAUGCUUUAAUCAGAACAUUCAUGAAAAGCAUCUGUACUUUCUUAUGUAAAAGCUAUUAGUUACGUAUGAAUCGGGACAGCGUUUUUAAAUUCUUUGUCAUCAACGUAAAAUCCAAGGAUACCUUAAAAUGCAUGCCCCAUCCCAGUCUUACUAUAUUAUGUAAAAUCACAGAGAAUAAGCCUCUUGCAGGUAUAUUAAAAAGCUAAUUCUGAUAAUACUAUUCACUGCAUUGCGUAUUAUUGUUUAUAGGAGGACUGUAAAAACAGGCACUUAAGAUCUACACCGAUACUGUAUAUGUACCAACUGACAUUCAGCAUACGCAAUGCUAUAAUCUAAAACCUACAAUAGAUACCAAGACAGUUUAUCUAUUACAUUACACAGAACAAAGGACCUUUUUUGUCUGCAACGGUACUUAAUUAAGGACGUAAUAGGUAAUUUGUCAGUGAAGUCUUUACAAGGUAAAAUUUUACAGAACAGUUAUUUAACUGCGCCUUUUUCGUGUUGAUCGCCUAGGUAAGUGGUUGUCAAGAUUGCUUCUAGAUAACUUCUACCUAUUAAAACGAUGCGUUUUCUCCCACGGGACAAAACGUGCAUUAUUCAGAGCUUCGCCGGUUUCGUUUCUGCAACUUAUAUGUCGCCGGUUGAAGCUCCGAUUGCCGCAGGUGUGAAAUGGGAGCCUUUAUUUCAGAGGCUUGCGUUCGGGCUGUGAACAGGUUUUCCACUGAGCACUGUGCAUUCAGGUUGCGGAAAGACAAUGAUGUGCACAAAAUUGAAGCUUGUAAGAUUUGCACAUGAUCUUUGUGGCCUCCAGAGCCAACCUUUGAGAAUAUAAUAGCGAAUGCCAUGUUCAAACUCGUUCUUGUUUUUGAAUUUAAAUUGAGUUUUCUUGUUAUUUAUUUCACUUACAUUGUGUAAUUAAAGGCAAUGUGUUACGUUAAGCUCAUUUGCUACAGUUCAUCGCGACCGACGAAACACUGAUGUUCAACACAAGCCCAGCAAGACAUGCCCGUUGUAUGGGAGUGUCCGGGAAACCUGCAGAACGCAAUUUUUUUUGUUUUGUUUCCGCACCUUGUCUUAUAUAAUAGUUCAUUGAUAGCGUGACUGUUGGAUCUCAGAAAUGAUUCGAUGCAAUAUGCACGUUGUCAUUUCCCUCUAGCUCAAAAAUCGGUGCCUGCAGACUGCUAAAAAGUGUUCAGUGUCUUGUGUAACAUCUUGUCAAUACAGUACUUCCCGGCUGGUACACGAAAUGUUGCCACUGCGAGAAAGUUAGUUUGCUACACCCUGAAAUGUCCAGUGGCUUGUGUGACUGAGUGUUAAUGGCAGAUUCUGGAGCCAUAGCUACCAUUCCGUGUUCAUUAUGCAUGUUCAUUCCGUGUUGACAGCUGAUUGAGCAUCGAUUUACUGUUGCGCCCUUCCCGUCCUAAUUUUUUAGUAGUAUUACACUCGUGCAUACUAACAUACAACGUGAAAAAAAUAUUCUGUCUAAGCGCGUUACAUAUACCAGUUUUUCUAACGCAAAUGCCGCCGCCGAAGCAACGACCAUGAGGUGCGGCCUUAAACAACCAGGUGCUACAUAAGCCAAAAAUUUUCUCCCAUCAAUAGUUAAUCUUGCGUACUACCAAUGGCUACCGUAGUAAGUCUGCAAGGCUCUGUUUCGUAUUUAGCUUGAAAGAAAUGCAGACGAGUAAGUGAAAACGUAAGGGCAAGGUCGUGGGUAUUGUUUAAAAGAGUAUAACUGAAUAUACAAAAUAGCAAAUUUUGCGUUUGAUGUCGCUAUACAACUGCCGUCUCUCGCACAAGCUUCUUGUUCUGAUUUUAUGCUGAGGUGUUUAGGCUCCAGACAAAAUUUUUAUAUGACCGACGCGAUGCUUUGUUUUUAUUUUCUAAAUGAUUUAAGCAAUGUAAAAGUUGAUAAGUACGCGUCCCUUAUGUCCUUCCACAGAAUCUUUCAACGCGCCAAUACGCAUGCAGCGGCUAGCAUGGCGGUACAUAGUUUGUCAUCUUCAAGUUUGCACUUUGCAUAAUGAUUUCCAGACCAAGGUCUCUGCGAGGUAUAAAGUCGGCAAAGUUCUUGCGCUUAUUUAAAGCUAGCAGGAAUUUCUUUUUUUAAGUGAGGUACUUCAUAUAGGUUGCUUUUAACAAAUGCCUUGAGAAGGGUAGACUAAUUUCUUAGAUGCCUCUUGAAACACAUUCCCUGCUGAAGGUUUUAUUGCGCGCCAAAGUACGCGUGAUUAGCGGUGCAAGUCUCGGCAAUUCUCUUUCAUGCAUAUACACUCAGAAAUUCACGCUGCUUUUUGUAGUAUUUCACACCGAUUCCGAGUCUGGCAGGUAAUCUCCACAAUAGCAAAAAUGUCGGACGCAAUUGAUGCUUCAGCUAACAAUAUUUCAUAAACUUAAGUGCGGCACUAGGAAAAAUUGAUAGUAAAGAGAAACAGGAUGAAAGGCAAUGAGAGAGAAUUUUAUUCCUAGAGGAAUCGAAAAAGAACACACUCAGGCGAACCGGCUCGUCUCGAUUUAUGGCACCGUCUUGCAUACGUUCAUUUUCCUAUGAACGAUUUCUGAACUUUUUAAUUUCUGCAUGCUAUCUUGUUGUGAUGUCGCACGCGCUUAUACUAAACGUCUCAUUGUUGGUUGUAUAGCAAAUAGGUUUGGUCAUUCUGGACCGAUAAAUUUUAUGCUGCUUCCGCCGAUUGAACACGCUAACUGUAAAUCAACCAUACGACGUUAAGAGUUUGAAGUGUCUCAUUAUCUUUAUUCUACUUUUAUCACAAAUCAUUCAAUGUGAAUUAAAGUUAUUGGCAAUCGUUUGCGUAUUUCCUACCUACACCGAGAGCGAAAAGCACAAUAGCAUACCGCAAGCAUUUACUCUUCUUGUAUUACAAUGAAUUCCGCUACACACAUCUUAUAUGCUUUUUUUGUGUUUUACCACCUGAAACACCCAUAUUGUCGAGCAUGGUCGUAGACCUGCUUUUUGUUCUGCUGUAUCAAGAUGGUGAAAUGAAAUGUUUGUACAAGUGUGUGACAUAAGAGGCCGGUACGAAAACAAUGAAAUAAAGUUUGUUCAA